UUCCCCAAAUUUCCCCGACCAUAGCCCAGGCAGCCGCGUCGCCCGCCUCCCCCGAUCGAAGCUUCGGCUUCCCGGACACAGGCACUCGAAAGCCAGCGGAGGAAACAAUCGACCGUUGCCGCGCGCCGAUUUGAACGGUUCGCCGCCUCGCCCGAGCCGACGCUGUCCCGCCUCGCGGAGGAGGCGAGGCGAAAGCCUAGAUAGCGAUGGCGGCGUCCGUGGACGCUGCUGCGGCGGCGCUUGCCCCACCCGCGGCCGCCGCGGAGGAGGCCGGCGACGCGGUGGAGCGGGCCAGGACGCUCGUCGCCGCGCUUAACCUGCUCUCGCGCAACCUCCCGCUGCCCCCCGCCGUCCUGCGGGCUGUGUCGUCCAUCUACCACGACGGCGGUGCCGGCGGCGAGGAGGAGGAGGAGGAGGAGGAGGAGGAGGCGGAGAAGGAAGAGGGAGAGGAGAUGGCUGUCCCGGAUGGGGGAGGCGAGAGAGACGCCGCCGCCGACGGUGCGGCUGAGGGGGCCACCUUGAUUGAAGAGCUUGAAGAUGCAAUAUUUAAGAAUCAAAGAACGCCCAUAUCCUACUCAGAAUUGGCCGCUCUAAAAGAAGGACGAUUCAAUGCAUCCAUCCAGCAUCGGCUAGCUGAACUCGAAGGGUUACCUUCUACUAGGGGUGAAGACAUGCAAAUGAAGUGUUUGCUUGAACUUUAUGGACUAAAGUUGUUAGAUUUACAGAAGAAAGUGCGGUCCGAUAUCAGUGCAGAAUAUUGGCUACACAAGAAAUGUGCAUAUCCCGAGAGACAAUUGUUCGAUUGGGGGAUGAUGCGGAUACGAUAUCCUUUUACCAUGUAUGGGAUUGGAGAUAGUUUUUUAAUGGACGCCGACGAUGUUCACCGCAAAAAGAGAUUCACAGAGAGGAUCUCAAGACUUGAAGAGGAGGAAAAGAACCAGGCGGAUAUGAGGAAGAGGAAGUUCUUUACCGAAAUUCUCAAUGCAUAUAGGGAACAUCAGGUGCAAUUAGGAACUACACACAAACAAAGAAAGCAGCGGAAUGAUGGAGUUCUGGCAUGGCAUGUUCGGGCACGUCAACGUAUCUCACGGCUUGAGAAAACUAGAUUGGUAGCACUGAAAAAUGGUGAUCAAGAAGCGUAUAUGAGGAUGGUCGAGGAGAGCAAGAAUGAACGCCUGAAAAUGCUCCUUGACAAAACAAAUGAGCUUCUUGAAGGAAUUGGGAAAGCUGUACAGCGACAAAAAGAUGCUGAGCAUGUUAACCAGCCUGAAGGGUUUGAAGUGCCAAAAGGGUCAGAAUCUGAGGAUGGUUCUCAAAUCUCCGGCAUCAAGAGUGAAUCACCUGGGGAAUCUCCUUCAGAUGACGAUGCAGAUCCUCCUGGUUCUGCCAAUGAAAGUAAAUUUAAUGCAGGGCGUAGACUUGAUUCUACUGUCCACUCCAUUGAAGAGAAGGUAACAGAACAGCCAUCAGCUCUUGAAGGUGGGGAAUUAAGACCAUAUCAAUUAGAGGGUCUCCAAUGGAUGCUCUCUUUAUUCAACAACAAUUUGAAUGGCAUUCUGGCUGAUGAAAUGGGUUUGGGGAAAACAAUUCAAACCAUAGCUUUGAUCGCUUAUCUGUUGGAAAAGAAGGAGGUUGCUGGGCCACACUUAAUAAUUGCUCCAAAAGCAGUAUUACCAAAUUGGGCUAAUGAAUUCAAAACUUGGGCUCCCAGCAUUGGGACAAUUCUGUAUGAUGGUCGUCCAGAUGAGAGGAAGACUCUAAGGGAAGCAAAUUUUGAAGGCGUACAAUUUAAUGUUUUGCUCACGCAUUAUGACUUAAUACUGAAAGAUAAGAAGUUCCUAAAGAAGGUUCACUGGCAUUAUUUGAUAGUUGAUGAAGGACAUCGUUUGAAAAACCAUGAAUGUGCUCUUGCUCGCACACUAGUAUCCGGAUAUCAGAUCCGUCGCAGACUACUUUUGACUGGCACUCCAAUCCAAAACAGCCUACAAGAGCUGUGGUCUUUGCUUAACUUUAUUCUGCCCAAUAUUUUUAAUUCUUCCCAGAAUUUUGAGGAAUGGUUUAAUGCACCAUUUGCAUGUGAUGUCAGUCUUAAUGAUGAGGAGCAGCUACUAAUCAUACAUCGCUUGCAUCAAGUUUUGCGCCCAUUUUUGCUGAGGAGGAAGAAAGAUGAAGUGGAAAAAUAUCUCCCUGUGAAAACACAAGUAAUACUCAAGUGUGACUUGUCUGCUUGGCAAAAAGCAUACUACGAACAAGUCACAAGCAGAGAAAGGGUUUCGCUAGGAUCUGGGCUCAAAUCAAAGGCUCUGCAAAAUCUGUCAAUGCAGCUUAGGAAGUGUUGCAACCAUCCCUACCUAUUUGUAGAGCAUUAUAACAUGUAUCAGCGGGAGGAAAUUGUUAGAGCAUCAGGGAAGUUUGAAUUGCUUGAUCGGCUACUUCCGAAACUGCAAAGAGCUGGUCACAGGGUUCUACUUUUCUCUCAGAUGACAAAACUGCUUGACAUUUUGGAAGUAUAUUUGCAAAUGUACAAUUUCAAGUACAUGAGGCUUGAUGGAUCCACAAAGACUGAAGAACGAGGGAGGUUAUUGGCAGAUUUUAAUAAGAAGGAUUCAGAAUAUUUCUUGUUUCUCCUCAGCACACGAGCUGGAGGCCUUGGAUUGAACUUGCAGACUGCAGACACUGUUAUUAUUUUUGAUAGUGACUGGAAUCCUCAAAUGGACCAGCAAGCUGAAGACCGUGCCCAUCGUAUAGGACAGAAGAAUGAAGUGCGUGUAUUUGUUCUCGUUAGUGUUGGUUCAAUUGAAGAAGAGAUCUUGGACCGCGCAAAACAGAAGAUGGGUAUUGAUGCAAAAGUUAUCCAGGCUGGGUUGUUCAACACAACUUCCACAGGUGAGUUGGAAUGCUCUAGUUCCUACAUAUUUCAUUUUCUCGUAAUUUUAUUGGAACCCAUGAAUAUUUUCAUGUUGAUUCCCACUACAGCACAGGACAGGCGAGCAAUGCUGCAGGAGAUCCUCAGGAGAGGAACAAGCUCACUGGGAACUGAUAUUCCCAGUGAGCGUGAGAUAAAUCGUUUGGCUGCUCGAAAUGACGGUGAAUUCUGGUUGUUUGAGAAGAUGGAUGAAGAAAGGAGGCAAAGAGAAAACUACAAAUCUAGGCUUAUGGAUGGAAAUGAGGUUCCAGACUGGGUGUUUGCCAACAAUAACGAAACCUUAACCAAGAAGACCGUGGCAGAGGAAUUCCAGAAUAUUAUGGUUGGUACAAAGAGACGGAGGAAGGAGGUUGUCUAUUCAGACUCUUUUGGUGAUCAGUGGAUGAAAUCCGAGGAUGGAUUUGAAGACAUUCCAAAGAUGACUCCAAGAGCAAAGAGGACUGCUUAUUCAUCGGACAUACAGGGAGAUUAUUUUAGUGAAAGGAGGAAAAGGCCCAGAUCACUAGAAAACAGUGCAGACGGUGCAAACAACCCAAUGUGGACACCUGAGAAAGGAAGGGCUGGAGUUUCAUCCUACAGCAAGGACGAGAAUGAAGACGAUGGUGAUGAAGUCAUUACCAGCGGUUUACAGGGAAGUAGUUUCACAUGGAAGACCCUUGGAAGGAAAAGGUCAAACCACUUCAAUUCGUCGUCAGACUCAAAAGGGCGCCCGUCAUUCUAAUGUCAGAAGAUGUUGCAUUGAUGCAUUUGUUCGGAGCCAUCCUUUGAGAAUGGAGUACCCCUAGACAAACUAUCAGGGACACAUUUUAGAAGUACCUUCAAGCUUAUGGACCUUAGUAUUAGUAGUGUAUCGUAUGGACUUGUUGGCAUGAAGUUGUAACUCCAUAACUUAAAUUUCGUGAUACAUUUUCUGAUAUGAAGUAGAAGCAUGGCCCGGGGAUUGCGACUAUUGGUAAAUAAUGGGUGGUUGUUGUUCCUUCCAUUCUGCUAACAUGGCACGGAGAAUGCCCAUCCAGGUCUUGUGUA